GAAACCCUAGUUAUGCAACCUUGCAGUUGUCUCUGAGAGAACUUCACCCUCUCUGCCUUUGAAGGCCUCGAAAACCCUAAUUUAUCUUUUUCUCUGUAGCCUCCAACAAUGUCUCUGAUUGCGAAUGAGGAAUUUCAACACAUUCUUCGUGUUCUGAACACUAACGUGGAUGGGAGGCAGAAGAUUAUGUUUGCCCUAACCUCCAUUAAGGGUAUUGGAAGGCGUUUUGCUAACCUUGUUUGCAAGAAGGCAGAUAUUGAUAUGAACAAGAGGGCUGGAGAGUUAUCUGCUGCAGAGCUUGAAAGCUUAAUGGUUAUUGUUGCCAACCCUCGUCAAUUUAAAAUCCCAGAUUGGUUCCUUAACAGAAAGAAGGAUUACAAAGAUGGCAGGUACUCUCAGGUGGUCUCAAAUGCAUUGGACAUGAAGCUGAGGGAUGAUCUUGAGCGUUUGAAGAAGAUCAGGAACCACCGUGGGUUAAGGCACCAUUGGGGUCUGAGGGUCAGGGGUCAGCACACAAAGACCACUGGUCGCAGGGGGAAGACUGUCGGUGUCUCGAAGAAGCGUUGAGUUCCCUUUCCAAUCUUCCCAAGUUUUCCAGUAAUUCUGAAAUCUUGUUGUGCCUUUCUCUCUCUAUAAAUGUUUUUGGUUUUGUUAUCGGAGGAUUUAUUGGUUCAAGUGACGAGCUCAAUUUUGUGUUAAGAAUUAUUUGACUAUAUUGAUCUUUUAUUCUUAUGGUGUUAAUGGGAUUUGGGAUUAGCUUGUGUGUGAAACUGUAACAGUUAUCAUAUGUUUGUUGCUUACCAAAAUGCCCAGUCGGGGUAUUGGAGCUCAUUGAAUUGAUGUGGCAUUGUAUA